AGUGUGCCAGUCUAUUCUAGCAGCACAACUGCUCUGUGUGCAUUUAUUUCUUUCUAAACAGAAAGCCACGUUGCCAGUGGCACAUUUCUGUAUAGUCCAUUCUUAAAAAAGAAAAAAAACCUGCUGCCUCAGACAUGUGGCUCCUUCUGUUAUUACUUCUGUCUAUUCUGAUCCUGGUGUACAGAUGGUACAGACAAAGUCAGAUACUAGAGAAUCUCUCAGAUAAAUAUGUGAUGAUCACAGGAUGUGACUCUGGCUUUGGUAACCGAGCAGCAAAACAACUGGAUCGCCGUGGCCUAAAGGUGCUGGCAACUUGUCUGACUGAGAAAGGUGCUGAGGAGCUGAAGAAGGAGACAUCCAGCAGACUGCAGACUGUGAUCCUGGAUAUUAAUGACAGUCAGAGAGUAAAGUCUGUUGCAGAGUGGGUCUCUAGUAUUGUUGGAGAUGCAGGACUCUGGGGCUUGGUAAAUAAUGCUGCAUUUGGCUUUGCACUGGGGCCAAAUGAGUGGCAAACUAAAGAGGAUUUUGCUAAAGCGCUGAAUGUGAACGUACUUGGAACAAUCGAUGUGACAUUGAAUCUGUUGCCACUCAUCAGGAAAGCCCAUGGGCGCAUUGUUAAUGUUGCUAGUGGUGCAGGAAGAUUGUCUAUUGCUGGUGGAGGAUAUUGUAUUUCUAAGUUUGGAGUGGAGGCUUUCUCAGACAGUUUGAGAAGAGAAAUGUGUAAUUUCGGGGUAAAAGUGUCCAUUAUAGAACCAGGUGCUUUUAAAACUUCAAUGUGUGUCUAUGAACCUCAUUUUAAGUACUUGGAGAGACUGUGGAACAAUCUUCCUCCUGAGAUCAAGAAAAGCUAUGGAGAACAGUAUUACCAGCAAUCUGUUAAAGCCAUAGAACAUUUAACUGUAUCUGGAAGUUCUAAGUUACACAUGGUCACUGACUGCAUGGAACAUGCCCUGACUGCUGUUUAUCCGUGGACACGAUACUCCCCUGGAUGGGACGCCAAGCUGUACUAUAUCCCUGUCUCAUACUUACCUACUGUAGUAUCUGAUUAUAUUGUCUCUAUUGGUGGACCAAAAGUAGCUAAAAAAGCAUAAUAAACCCACAAAUUAAAUGUUUGAUCGACACAUUAGAUCAUGUGUAUUUCAAUUAAAUAUUGAUUCCAUCUACAAGUAAACCCUCAUUUUACAAUGGUUAAUUUUACACUGAUUCAUAAGCACACCAUUACAGCAAUUAUAACAUGCAGUUAUAAUGAAGUGUAACAUAAGAAAAUUACAUAUUGUACAUUAUACAAAUGUAUGUAAAUGAUUAUUUUAAAUGUUAUCAUGGUUAUAACAAUAAGGAUAUGUAUUAAUGUCCAAGAACGUUGUUAUCCCAAAGAACCCUCAAUAGGAGAAGGCGUAACACAGGAAUAAGGUCUCUAAUGAUCUUCACGAAACCUCUCAAGGAAUAGAGAAUAAUAUAGUGAAGUCUGUUAGGCACAUAACAGGUAUAUCAGAAGGAUGAGUACUCACACGUCAGAGAGCUAUUACUCAGCUCCUAGUGAACAGGCAAUUUGGUACAAAGCCCCACGACUAUCAGCUACCUUUUGCUCUUGCACAAGAAAAAAAAUGUACAUUGCUUAAAACUGUAUAUAUCAUAAAUCAAUAAAUCUAUUAAAGGACUAA